UGCACAAAAUUGAAUACUUUUGAUUUUGUUCGAAAAUGAAUUCCAUUCGCGGCAACCGCUACCAGCUGCUCUCCAUCGACGACGAUGUGAUGGACAUGUCAUCGCUGAGCCUGGCCCAGGAUCGCAAGAACAUGAAGUCGGCCCGGAAGCCAUCAUCGCUGAUUGCCAUGAAGAAGAUGCCACCGAAGCCGCCGAAGGCCACCCGUUUGUUCCAGCCAAAGUUGGAGAACACCGGCUUCUCGUUGGUUGCAUCGCGAAAGCCCAAGGAUGGUAAGGAUGCCAGGGAUGGCAGGGAGGUCAUGGUGGAGGGGGGGGUCCUGGAGGAGCCGGAGCCAGUCCCUGAACCAGGACAACGACCUGGACGUGGACCUGCAUCCGGACGAUCUGGAACCAUGCGCAGUGGCGGACGCAACGAUCGUGGUGCCCGAAUCUUUGAUCGCCAGUCCGGAUCGGAUCGCACCGGAGUGAAGGCGGUGGUCAAGCGCAAUGGGGGCGGGGCCCACAAUUGGGGAUCCCCCAAGCAGGACAUCGAGAUGCGCAACAGGGCCGAGUGGCGCCCCACCAACAGGACCAAGUCCACCAGCGCCGUGUCCACCCAGUCCAAGUCGGUGGACAAGGAGGACUCGGUGGAGGAGCCCAAGCAGAUCACACUGGACGAGUGGCGUGCCAUGCGGGCCAGUGGCCAGAAGAAGAAGCCACUGGAGGAGAAGGGGCUGGAGAAGCAGUCGCAGAGUGCAGAUGGAGCAGCAGAGGGACCGGGAGGAGCAGAUGUCGCAGGACGACGCUCUGGACGCCACAUGCGCCUGGUCGACAUUCAGUUCAAUUUCUAUGAUGAGCGCCGCACCCGCUCCUCCAAACAGCGACCCAUCCUCAAGAUCAGCCAGGAUCCGGAGUUCUGUCCAAAGGUCGACGACGAGAAGCAGUUCCCGAACCUUUCCUAAGCCAACACAUUUUGCAAGUUGCCCCUUUUCACUGCGGUACGAGCACCUUUCGUAUGUCGCAUGACUUUCAUAU